UGCCCUAAACAGGAAAACAAAAGAAAAUGAUCUCCUGCUUAAUAAAAACAGCAAAUUUCAAUUUCUCUCUAAAAAUUUCUUGAUUUUCUGAUAUACAUCCAUGGAAGCGUUGUAAACAAGGUACAUAGAAGGCUUUUUCAGAAAUAGGAUGUAUUUUCACAAAAAGAUGCUGAAUUUUUUCAUUCCAAGUUUCAACAAAUAUCUCCAUUCAUGCUAACAAAUCCUUUCCUUUUCUGAGUUAAUGCCUUCACCUACUAGCUUCCCCUGUAUCAGGUUGAAGAUAUUUGAAGUCUAAUUCUAUUGUCUUCCUCUCUUCCACAACUGUUGUGGUGAUUCUACGUCUUUUAUUAAGUCUUAUAGAUAGGACCAGCUGUUCUUUUUAUUUCACAAUUCGAGAAGUGACGAGAUAUAUUUACACCUAAGAACCUUCUUUUCUUAGUCAUGUUGAUUGCUAUAUUCGGUAAUCUUUACCCUUGAAAGUAAAAGGUGAAAUGGAGACCAAGUACAUGAGAUGUCUAAACAACAGCAUUUCUCGAUUUAUCCAUUUAAUGUCAUGUCAGACAUCAAAGGCUAUGCCGGUGUUAAAUGAUUUUGAGAUUAUGGCUACUAUGCUGAAACAUUUGAAACCCGUCCUCGAUGAAAUUGAUGAAGAAAAGCUAGCUUCAGAAGCAACUUUGUGGAAGGAGUGUGAAGAUCUAGAUAUUUACAUAAACGCUGCUAGAGAAUUUGUGGAACGAUGGUCACCGAAAACGAGCAAGCUUUUGUCUGUUGUACGAGGUGAACAAUUGCUGAAAAUAAUCAGGAGACAUUCCCUCGAGAUUUGUGGUGUAUUAUGUAGGUUGUUACGUACAUCAUCAUCUUCGUCUAGUUUUGCUGGUGUGCAAGUAUGUACCAAGAUAAUGCAUUGCGUGCAGGAGCUUCAAACUUGGCAGCCCGAACGGAUCUCGGGACACAUUGAAGAAACUCUCAGAAGUAAAAAUGAUGAUCAAAUUUCUUGCAGUGAACACUUGGCUGAGGUUGUGGAGUCUCUGGGAUUAGUGUCGAACCAAGUGUUACUUCAGGAGAGUAUUGCUGUUGAAAAAGAGAUGGUAAAAUUUCAGGCGAACAAUUGCUUAGAAGAGGUGGAUCAGAUUAAUCAAAUCAUUGAUCUUCUGGGUCUUAUUUGUAACUAUAUGCUUAAAAAUGGAUGCUUUGGAACAAUGAACGGUGUUGCGAUCCCUUCAUACUUCCGUUGCCCGUUGUCGUUAGAUUUCAUGUUAGACCCGGUAAUUGUAGCUUCUGGCCAAACUUUUGAGAGAUCUUCUAUUCAGAAAUGGCUUGAUCAUGGGCUUACAAUUUGCCCCAAAACCCGGCAGUUUCUUUCUCACACCAAUGUUAUACCUAAUUACACGGUCAAGGCAUUAAUAGCAAAUUGGUUUCAGGAAAAUAAUCUGAAACCUCCGAAUAGCUCUGAGAGUACCAAUGCUGACGAAUUAUCUGGACAAGACGUAAUUCGUACUGAUAGCUUCCGCUGCUCGGUUCAAAGCAGUGACACUAUGUCCAGGUGCUCCCUAGAGGUCGGAGAUGCAAUCGGAAGGCUAAACAUUGAUGAACCGUAUGUAUCUGGUGAGUUAAGCUCUAGCUUGUGCCAAGAAUUGGAGGCUGAGAAGUCCAAUCACCAAUCCCCUGAUCACUCUUAUGCUCACAGUAGAACACACUCUGCAAUAAGUGCUAUUUCUAGCUAUGACUACGUGCCAUCGUCGGCAACCGAAUUGUCACGGAUAUCUAACCGCCAUGAAAAAGUAGGUGAGAUCAUGUGCGAGUCUUCUAUUAGUGAUAAGAAUAACAGAGUUCACUCGCUUUCAUCAUCCGACUUGGAACAUGAUGAAACAACAUUGACCCGUGUUCAGGAUUUGGUCGAAAACCUAAAAAAUCCGCUAAAUGCACUGCAAACGGCUGCUGCAGCAGAGUUACGCCUUCUUGCGAAGAAUAACAUGGAGAAUCGCAUCAUUAUUGGGAAGUGUGGUGCCAUCGGCCCUUUGAUUUCACUUCUGCGCUCUGAUGUUCAGAUAACCCAAGAGCAUGCUGUGACCGCCCUUCUGAACCUUUCACUUAACCAAGAAAUCAAAGCAACGAUUGCAGAAGCCGGAAUAAUCGAACCAUUGAUACACGUACUUAGGACUGGAAACGACACAGCUAAAGAAAACUCCGCUGCUGCUCUUUUCAGCUUUUCUCUUCUCGAAGAUUUUAAGUUAAAGAUUGGACGUUCCGGAGCAGUCAAAGUGUUGGUUGAUCUUCUUGCUCGGGGGACUAUCCGAGGAAAAAAGGAUGCUGCAACUGCCUUAUUUAAUCUCUCCAUUUGCCAUGAAAAUAAAGCUCGAAUAGUUCAAGCAGGAGCUGUUAAGCAUCUUGUACAACUGUUAGAACCUUCGACAGGAAUGGUUGACAAAUCCGUUGCACUUCUUGCGAAUCUGUCCACAAUCUCGGAAGGACGUUUGGCAAUAGCUAAAGAAGGUGGGAUUCCAUUGAUUGUUGAGAUUGUUGAGUCGGGAUCACAAAGAGGGAAGGAGAAUGCUGCUUCGGUCCUGUUGCAAUUGUGUCUUUAUAGUACCAAGUUUUGCAAUUUGGUUCUCCAGGAAGGUGCGGUUCCUCCGCUUGUUGCUCUAUCUCAGUCGGGAACUAUUCGAGCUAGGGAGAAGGCACAACAACUUCUCGGCCAUUUCCGUACUCAGCGUGAAGGAGUAGCCGGCAAGAAAAAAAAGUGACACAACUUCACCGAUGUUCACAAACUUAUCAUGCUGGUUUUGUUAGCGUUAGGUCGUUUGCAAUUGCAAACCGUAUCGUUUUAGAUCAGGUAUCCUUUUGCGUGUAAAUCUUUUCAAUCGAUAUGCCAAUCAUUUAAGUUCUUAGUUUGUAUAGUACAUACUAGUUACUAGUCAAGUCGGGGUUUGUCAUUGAUUAGCUUCACCGGAAAUUUUUUCCAGUUUACGAAAUCAUUAUGAGCUUGUUCUUUAUCAAGUAUUAACGUUAUAUCGUGUAUAUAUGUGUAAACUAGAAUCGUCACGUCUCAUUGUUCUGUUCUUAUUCGCUCAUUGGCUGUUAAGGCAUCGUGUGGACUCAUGGAUACCCGAUUUCUUUAUAGAUAAAGUUUCCGAUUUUUGCAUGACAAGGAGAUGUGAGGGAAAGAAAAGGGUCGGAAAUAACCUUUUUGUGCUAACAAGGGUAAAGAUCUGUACAUACGACCCGUCUUAACCUUUGGCGAUUGUUGAUAGCCAUUCCUUUUACUCGGAGAUGGGUUGACCGAAAAAUGACCUGACUUGAGACACUUUAUGACUUGACCCAAGUCCCAACCUAAAUGCCCACCUCUACAAUAGUGCAACUUAGUUCAUCUUAUACAAGGCGAUUGUGGAGUAUUGAUUAGUAAUCUAAUUAAUAGGGGAAUUAUCAAUGGUAUUCCUAAGCUUUUGCACUUUAUUAAUGUACCCUUAAAUUUUUUCGAUUAUUAAUGGUACUCUCAUGUUAUUGAGUGUCUUACAACCGUAACCUUUUCUAAUUUUUUCCGUCCAAAACCAAUAACUUUU